UCACCGUACAUAUAUUAAUUCAAGAACAUGCAUCCGUUCACCUGGCAUCCUUGGUCUUAGACAUCAAUGUCUUCAUGAAUGACUUUAUCUUGCUUUAUUGCCAUCUCGUGGUCAAAAAAAAAAUUAAAUUAUGGGGUUUUACGUGCCAAAACCACGAUCUGAUUAUGAGGCACGCCGUAGUGGGGGACUCCAGAAAUGUGAACCAUCUGGGGUUCAAAUUUAACGGGCACCUACACAGUUGUUUUCGCAUUUCGACCCCAUCGAAAUGCGGCCGCCCCGGUCGGGAGGCCGGGAUACGACCCCGUGAACUCGUGCUUACUAGCCGAACAUCAUAGCCACUAAGCACUAUCUCGCGGCUAUUUUGUCUUUUUACGUAACCAUACACGUUAACAUUAAGCGAAACUACAAGUUGGCAACAAAUACAUUUCCACAGCGAAAUUACAGUGAACUUCUAGUUCACUAUAGCGAAAUAAGGACCUUGCUUGCUUUACCGGUGUAAAAUGGCGGGACGCUGGGCUGCUGUGCUCGAACCAUACUGGAACGUUAAGAUGUCUGAAAUAACGCUGAAAUCGCGUUGAUUGUUGCGCCUGCUUAGUACAGCUGCUGCUAAUUAUGGCAGCUGAAGAGUCCCCCAGGAAGCCAAGUGGCAACGAUGCCCUGGCAUUACAGCUGCUGCGGACCAACACGUGGAGCUGCUAUUAUGGACUGCCCCUGUGGAAAUUCACUUCUGCCAAACUCAAGGAGAUAAUGCGGGGCUUGUUGUCAGAACUUCCUGACAGCAAAGGGCGCAAGCCACGUCUUCUGUCACGGCCGUGCAACGUGCUCAGUGACCACGGGAGGCAGGGCGAGGAGGCAUUCUUCUGCGUGGCAAGUGCAGGCUCCCGGAAGCCUCAUGCUGCAGGGCUGGUGCACAGCAACGAGAAGGUCUCGCUGGUGUUCCUAGCAGGGUCAGUGAAUGCUCGAACUCUCUUGGCCUAUGAGCUGGGAAACAACUUUGGAGUCACCCUACUCGCUCUACAGCUGGCCCCGUGGCAGCUCUCCAUGGUCGCAGUGUGGGGCCUCUCCUUCCUCGAGCCAGAGGACCCCUCAUUGUGCUGCCUGGAACUUAACAUGGACGGCGUCAUUAUGGCCUUCAGUGCGGAGGUGCUUGGACAGCUGCCGCCACCCUCAAGGAGGGUCACGGUCGAGGACGGCCGGAAUUUCCUGCUCGCCCUCUGCAAGCACGUGUCGAAGCACGUGCUGCCGCAUCGCUACCAGGAGUUGCCCCUGCGCAGUGUGCACUUCCUCAACCUGUUUUUGUUGGACCACGAGGGGACAGUGCUGGUGCACAAGACCACGCUAGUGACCAGGCUCUUCAAGUACCUCCUGUUCACCGUGGAACAAGCAGUCUUGGGCGACCCGCCCAAGACCUUUAUGCUCGAGGAUGAGUGACAGUGAUGGAGCAGCUCGUUGAGACAGCGUGGGUGGCGGAUGUUUGCAGUACAGAGAGUUCUUUGUGAAUGGCAGGGAAUUGUCACGUAUAGACUGGGACUGGCUUGCGCGAAAGCACCAGCGCGGUUUUAAUCUGCUUCUUUCACCUACUGUGUGUGUCUCUUCGCGGGCUGCCUUUGUGUCCGCCAUCUUCCCACAGCCCCAGCCAACAAUCUUACCGGACUUCUGGCCACUCGGUCUGCCAUUCUUGCCUAUGUGUGAAACGAUGCCGUUGUGUGAAUUUGGCAGUACAUGACAUGCAGUAAAUGACCUUUGGUACAUG